AUGUUUCAAGGCAAAAAAUCGACCGUGUGUCUGGCACAGAAGUCUAAAUAUUUUCCACGCGAGGGAGCUGCGCGCAACGAUGCGGAACGAGAGCGUCGAGCGCGCGGCGACUGGGAGGCGCGGGCCCGAGCUGCCGAAGCGGACGUCGCGAGGCUCGCCGGCAAGCUGCACGCUGCUCAGCGAGAGAUUGUCAGGUUGGUACAUGAGCGUACUCCAACAUCGGAAAGAACAUGUGAAGUUCGUGAAACAAACGACGCUCGAUGGAAUCAUGAUGAAACCAUCAUGGUCAAGCGUAAAUUCAAAUCGUCUAUCGGUCUAUUGCGAAUGACAUCUGGACUUUGA